AUGGCUUCUGGGGCACAACACCAACCUGGAGAGCCUACGCGCCACCGCGUUGGAGAGCAUUGGAGUGGUGCCAAUCCUGUUCCAACCGUCCAGAAAUUUAUCGAGCGGCUCGACAAUGAAAAAAAGGACCGCGACCAGAGAAUUGACGAGGCGGACCAGGCCAGGAACCAAGAGGCUGCCGCAAAGAAAGAGAAGGAGAGGAGAGGAGAAGAUACCACUGAGGUACAGAACAAUGGAGAUGUCAUGAAACACAAACCACGCGAGGUCUCGCAAGCCAAGAUGCACACGGUGACCGAUCCCACUACUGGCAAGGAUAUUGGCGUCGAGGAUCAAGAUGAGACCUCCAUGGAAGCAGCCCAGAAUCCUAUGUUGACCGUCCCUAAUGCUAAUCUCGAUCGACCCACCCCUGUACAAACUCGUCACGAUCAAGAAUUUUCCGAGUACAAGGAAAACCAGGAUAUGACGGCGCCCCCGGAUCCGAUUGCGGAGGGAACCACCUCCGAUGUUCCCAUUCGUGGUGAAAAGACAAAUGUGCUUUUUCACCCUACGCCGACUAUUUCAUAUGCGCCAAUGUAUGAGAGGCUGGAGAAAAGUGCGAUGGCACUGUGUAUCGCCAUUCCAUUCGCUAUUAUCGUUCUAGGGCGGACCUUUGGAGGUUCCCUCUGGGGUCUCAUUCCGCUCGCUGGAUGCGUUGCAAGCGGCGUGUGGCUAUGGAUGCACGAAGUUAUCCGCAGUGGGAAAGAGAUGGAAUGGAGCAGUGAGCAGCUCCGUGGGCAGACUGCAACUGCAAACCUCCUCCCAGAAUCAGUGGAAUGGAUGAACACUUUCCUCAGCGUCGUCUGGGGACUUGUUAACCCCGAGAUGCUGCAACCUGCCGCCGACACCAUAGAAGACAUCAUGCAAGCCUCAGCCCCUAGCGUUGUCGAGAACGUCCGGAUUGCCGAGAUUGAUCAGGGUACCAAUCCAAUCCGCAUCCUCAGUAUGCGUGCUCUGCCAGACAGUUACGUCCAGAAUCUCAAGGACAAUAUUCGCGAAGAGAAUAUGAAGAACAAGGAUCCCCAGGAAGCUGCUGCCGCGGAAGAGGGUGGUAGCUACUACAAUAUGGAGGCUUCCUUUGCAUAUCACGCAAAGCCAUCCGGUGGAAGUGCUUCCUCCAAGGCUCGCAAUAUGCACAUGCAGCUGGUGUUUUACUUGGGAAUUCGAGGCCUGUUUGGCGUCCCAUUCCCGGUCUUUGUUGAAUUAACGGAGUUGGUCGGCACAGUCCGUCUGCGCUUGCAAUUGACUCCGGAGCCACCCUUUGCGAAGGAAGUCACUUUUACCCUCGUCGGCAUUCCUCACGUCAAGGCCGGCUGUAUGCCUAUGUUGCGCAGAGGAGUCAAUGUCCUCAACUUGCCCUUGAUCUCCAAAUUCGUCAACUAUGCCAUUGGCGCAGCUUGCGCCAUGUUUGCUGCCCCCAAAUCGAUGACCAUGGACCUGAGUAUGUUGCUCAAGGGUGAUGAUAUUGAAAAGGACACUCAGGCUCUGGGUGUUUUGUGGAUUCGAAUCCAUCGUGCUAUUGGGUUGAGCAAGCAGGAUCGCCGUGGUAGCGAGGGUGGUGGUAGUGACCCGUACAUCAACCUAUCCUUCUCCAAGUAUGGAAAGCCUAUGUACUGCACGCGUGUUAUCACGGAUGACCUGAACCCUAUCUGGGAAGAGACUGCCGCACUGCUCGUUACUCCCGAACUGAUCAAGGCCAAUGAGAACUUGAGUAUCGAACUUUGGGACUCUGAUCGCAAUACCGCCGAUGACAUUGUCGGAAAGGUGGAAAUGCCCCUUUAUGAGCUACUCCAGCACCCCGGUCAGAUGUAUCCACAGGUUUCUAAGCUCCAGGGUCUCGAGGUGGAGAGUGAGAUGCCUGGCCAACUCCACUGGGAAGUCGGGUACUUUGGCAAGCCUAAGCUUCGGCCAGAGCUGCGCACUGAUGGCAAGAAGAAGGACCUUCCCGAGAGCCUGAAAGGUGACCCGACCUUCGAGGAAGAGAAGGGCACAAUCAAUAGUGAAGAGGAGGAUGCGGUUAUGCACACUCCACCAGAUCCCCUUUGGCCCAGCGGUAUCGUGCACAUUGUCGUGCACCAGAUUGUCAAUCUGCAACUUGCCAACAUCAAGGGUAGUGAUGGAAAUCGCAAGGGCAAGGAGUACGAGCCUGCGAAACCAUCUGGUGAGAAUACUGAAGAAGAGGGAGGUGACUUGCCCACGAGCUACUGCAAAAUUAUGCUCAACGACCAACUGAUUUACCGCACUCGAGCCAAGGCCGUGAGCUCCAAGCCCAUUUUCAAUGCUGGAACAGAACGCUUCAUCCGUGAUUGGCGCUCUGGCGUAGUAACCGUCACCGUGCGAGACCAGAGGUACCGCGAGCAUGACCCGAUCCUUGGUGUCGUCCCUAUCAAACUUUCCGAGCUUCUCCAAACCAGCUCGCAGGUCACUCGGUGGUACCCAUUGGACGGCGGCGUGGGAUUCGGACGCAUCCGUAUCUCGAUCUUGCUCCGUCACGUGGAGACCAAGCUGCCUCCCAACAUGCUCGGCUGGGACGUUGGCACAUUCGAGUUUGCCUCUGAUAAGGUUGUCGCCAAGGACUAUGGUCAUAAUACUAAGAUCAAGAUGCGCACUGGAGGCAGUGUGGGCAAGCUUUCACGGCGUGUAUGCCAAAUGGAUGGAAAUGAUGCCACAUUCGAUACAUCGGACGAGAGUUACCGCGACUCUCUGCGUAUGCCAGUCAAGUACCGAUAUCGGUCGCCCAUGGUUUUUGAGUUCCAUACCAAGGGAAAACGGGGCGCUGCGGCAUAUGCCGUUCUCUGGUUGCAGCAUCUAGUCGACAACGAAGAAACCGAUAUUGACCUUCCAAUUUGGACAACCAAGGCGGGUGCCCGUUUGACGCAGAACUACAUCACCGAGGCGAACUGGCGCGCCAAAGAAGUUCCUGGGUUGGAAGAUUUGACAGAAGUCGGACGCCUCCAGUUCCGCUGCCGAUUCUCCCCCGGCAUUGACGAAUCCCACGAGGCCUUCGUGGUGGACAACGACUCGCGCGAGACUUUUGAAACAUGGGAAGCAUGCAUGGCUCAGGGAGUCCGAUCCCGCAGCGUCUCGAUUGAAGUUCCUCAAGAGGUUGAAGAAAAGCACGAACAGUCCCUUGUUGACGGCCGCGAUGUCCUCAAGCAGGCUGACCCUGCCGAACGCCGCCGCUGGAUUGACCGCUCGGGACAAGAUUGGAGCGGCGCCUUCGGCGAUGACCCUCGUGCCUACAUCGAUUCUCAUGGCCACAAGGUCGCCGAGCCAGGAAAGGACAAGCCUGCCCAUGACCCAGUCACCCCGCCCCCACUUCAGGGACAGCCUUCCCCUCGCCCCUCGCAAGCCGGCGAAGCGGACAGCACCUCAAGCUCCGACGAGUCAGCAAAUGAAGAAGAUGAAGAGGAGGAACCGUGGAAGGGGCCGUCGAUCGUCAGCCCAGUGACGACUGCUCCUUCGUCGCAAAUGAGUACCAAGCAGACUGAAAAGGCUAAUCGACGCAGUGAUCAGCGUCAGCAGCGUGGCUUAAUGCAGUGGCGUCCUGCGCGCAAUGCGCAGUUUGCAAAGGACGAGGCGAAAUUUGCGCUGCGUAAACUUAAGAAGAAGAUUGGCGCUGGAGAUCUUACUGGCCGUGAGCCUGAUGUUGAGACGGAGACUUGA